CGCAACAAGUUGUACUGGACUCAAGUUUUUUCUCCCAGGACAUCUUUUAAAAUACUGAGUGUGAACAGCGAACCACACAACUAGAGCAGCAGCCAUGAAGUUCCAAGCUCUUUUCUUUCUCCUGCUCCUCACCUCCAUGUACCUGAGCCUUGCACAAGGCUCGUACGGUGACUGCUGCCUUGGCUACGUUCAAGGGAUGAGAGCCAACGCAAAGAGAAACAUUGAAAGUUACAGGAUGCAGGAAACAGAUGGUGAUUGCAACAAGAGAGCUGUCGUGUUUCUGAUGAAGAAGAGGCCCACACAAACCAAACAGCGGACAGUCUGUGCCAAUCCAGAUAAGCCAUGGGUCCAGUAUUUGAUUUCAGUCGUGGAUCAGAGAACGGCAGAGCAGAAUUAGACCACUAAGGGAGAAAAACAAGAACGGAACACAGGACGGAGGAAAGCAGAUGUCCUCCCCCCCGUCAGGCAUCGUAUAUCACUUUUAACCAUGUGGAUAAUGUUUCACCAGAUUCUGGUAUUUCCUGUCGCUGACUGAGAAUGUAAAUGUACACAGUUCGCUAUAAGAUGAACAUACCCUUAAUGUUAAAACUCUCUAUAGCAGAAUUCACUUGUAUGAGCCAUCACUUUGAUACUGUCCACUUCUCUGUGUUAAUGUAGCGCCUGCUAGGAAUGAGCCACUGUUUGGCAGCUUUGAAAUGUAUUUGCAGCGUGUAUAAGUGUGUGAUGUAAAGUAUAUGUGAAAAAACAAACCAACCCUUGGAGUUCAGCUGUGAGUUUGUGUUUUUAUAAAACAGAUUUCCAUAUUUUUGUAUCAACACGAUUGUUGUACUUUGUGUCUCUCCACAGCAAAUAAAGAAGCAACACAAACUAGA